UAGUUAUGGAAUUUAAAUAUCAAUAAUGUGAUUGGAAAAAAACUUAUGGUUGUCUUGUUACUAUUAUAGUUUAAUAUAAUAUUUUAUAAAACAUAAAAUAAACCAUAAUUGUUACUGAAGUUAAUGAAUGUUAUUGUGAUAAUAAACGGAUUUUGAUGGAAUUUCAGUUAUACUAAACUCAAAAUAAGUAAAGAUGGUCGUUUGUAAGUUUUUUCAAAACGGAUACUGCCGCUACGGACAAAGUUGUAGAUUUGAACAUAUUUAUGGUACAAAAUAUUCAUAUCGAGCACCUCAAACACAAAAUGAAAGUUCCAGUAAUGUGGCAUCGUCAUUAUUCAGGAGUGCAGUACAAAAUGCUUCAGUACAUAACAACGCAUCAAACAAUUCGACUUUUCAACAAAAUCCUCAGAUGAGGGUAUCUGUUUUCGAUAGAUUAGGACCACCACAAAAUUCUGGAGGUUUUCAGAAUAACCAAGCUAAAUCAAUAUUUGCUCAAGCUAAUCAGAGUGUGUUUGGACAACCUUCACAGCCCAGAAAUGUAUUUCAAACUCGGCCAGAUCAAGCUAAAUCAAUAUUUGCUCAAGCAACUCAAAAUAUAUUUGGCCCUGCUCAAAGCGGAAAUAUUUAUCAGUCUAAAGACACUGCUGCUAGUGUAUUUGCUACUGCAGCUCAAAAUUUGCCGAGAGAUCCAUUUAAUCUACAACAUAGUUCACCAUUUACACAACAAACACAACAAAAUGUUUUCCAUAUAUCUGACAAACAGACAUCAAACCCGUUUGGUGUUCCUAUGAAUUUUGACGAAAACAACAAUGAUGAAGAUGUUUAUAGUAAGGCGGAGGAUUUGUCCAAAAGUGAUCUUGAGGCUUUUGAAAGCUUAGAAUUUAAAUUAGGUUUUAUACCCGAACUUCCUCCUCCUAAGAGUCUUUGUGUGUAAAUAUUUCAUAUAGUUAUUAGUUUUUAAGUGGAUAAAAUUAUGUCAGAUUGUUAGUAAAUGAAAUUGAUUGUUGCAA